AUGGCUGAAAACCAGGAGGAGCCCAGCGACACCCAGACUGGUGAGGAGCAGCCUGAAAAUGCAGAGGAGUCUGAGGAGAAGAAGAAGGAGCUGGAGAAACUGCCGCCCUUUGAAAUCGUGGGAGGGGAGCGCUUCCCAGCCUUCUUUUUCAAAUUCCAGUUCAGAAACGUGGAAUACAGCUCAGGCAGGAACAAGACCUUCCUAUGUUAUGUUGUGGAGACCCAAGGCAAAGAGUCGGGGAGCUUUCGGGGUUAUCUGGAGGAUGAGCAUGCAGCAGCCCAUGCUGAAGAUGCUUUCUUCAAUAACAUCUUGCCCACAUGCGAUCCCAACCUACGCUACAACGUCACCUGGUAUGUCUCCUCCAGCCCCUGUGUGCCCUGUGCUGACCGGAUAGCACAGGUACUGCAGAAGAACAAGAACCUGCGCCUCUCCAUCCUGGUAAGCCGCCUCUUCAUGUGGGAGGAGCCGGAGAUGCAGGCUGCCCUGAAGAAACUGAAGGCAUCUGGAUGCAAACUGAAGAUUAUGAAGCCUCAAGACUUUGAGUAUAUCUGGCAGAACUUUGCGGAGCAGGAAGAAGGAGAGGCAAAGGCCUUCGAGCCCUGGGAGGACAUUCAAGAGAACUUCCUGUAUUACGAAGAGAAGUUAUCAGAGGUUUUGCACUGA